AUGGUCAAGCUUAACAUCUACGGCCGGGGCCUCCCGCUUCGCAUGGCCAUCAUGUUUACAUGCCAAUUGGCGUUUAUCUUCUUCGGCUACGAUCAAGGCGUGUUCUCUGGGAUUGUCGGCAACGAAGACUUUCUCGAGACCGUGCGUCACCCCAGCGCGGGCGUGCUGGGAAUUAUCGUGUCGAUAUACAAUCUAGGCUGUUUCAGUGGAACAAUCGUCUCCUUCCUGCUCACUGACCGGCUGGGACCGCGGAAGUCUAUGUGGUUCGCCAUGGUGUGGAUUAUUGUCGGUGCGACUCUCCAAACAACGGCCUUCUCUCGCGCGCAGCUCCUCGUCGCGCGCUUCGUCACGGGCAUUGGCACCGGCAUCGAAACCACUACCGUGCCGGUAUACCAGUCCGAGCUGUGCGAGGCCAAGAAGCGCGGCAAGUAUGUUUGCAGCGAGCCGCUCUUCGUCGGUGUGGGGAUUGUGAUUGCGUACUGGUUCGACUAUGGCAUGAGCUACGUGGAUGGCGCGAUCAACUGGCGGCUGCCGAUCGCGUGCCAGAUGAUUUUUGCGUUUAUGGUUAUUGGGCUGGUAUUUGGUCUUCCUGAAAGUCCGCGCUGGCUCUACCGACAUAAUCGUCCCGACGAGGCGAUACAGGUUCUCUGUGAUGUGUAUGACCUGCAACCCGAUGACCCGAAGAUUGUCUCGGAGUCCGAGGAGAUCAUUGAGGCGAUUAAACUUGAGACACUGCAUGGUGAAUACCAGUGGUCACAGAUUCUGAAGCGGGAUGAGGUGCAGACGGGGAAGCGGGUGCUUCUAGCCUAUGGGAUGCAAUUUAUGAAUCAAAUGGGGGGGAUCAACUUGGUGGUGUACUAUGUCACUUCAGUCCUCCAGUACAACGUCGGCCUAAGCCGCAAACUGAGUCUCCUCCUCGGAGGCGUGAUCCAAAUCAUGUUUGUAAUCGGCUCAUUCUAUCCAACCUUCUACUCCGAUCGAUUCGGCCGCCGAAAGCCCAUGAUGUGGGGCUCCUUAGGGCUCUCUAUUUCCAUGAUGAUGAUAUCCAUCUUACUCUCUUUCAAAGGAACAUCCGUCGAAAAACCAACCGCCUCCGCCUCUGUAGCCUUCUUCUUCCUCUUCAUGCUCAUCUUCGGCGCCUCGGUGAAUUGCAUUCCCUGGGUAUAUGGGCCGGAGAUCUUGCCGCUGCAUGUUCGUGCCAAGGGACAAGCAAUCGGCAUCUCGGCAAAUUGGCUAUGGAAUUUCUUCGUGGUUAUGAUUACCCCUACGUUGAUUCAGAAUUUGGCUUGGAAGGGAUACUUGAUUUUCAUGUGUCUGAAUUUGGUGUUUGUUCCGAUCGUCUACUUCUUCUACCCCGAAACAGCAAAUUUGACCCUUGAAGAAAUCGAUUUCCUCUUCACGGACCGGACACGAACGGAUCUGCGGCAGGAGGGUAUGCAUGCAGCGAAUAAUGGAGGUGUCGCUUCGAUGGAGGUGAGGGAGGAUCAUGCGAAGGAGUGA